CCUGCCGGGGAGGUGGCUCGCGCGCUCCCCACACAGUCAUACUCCGCGCACUCACACACUUGGAAGCGCCUCCCCACCUCCCUCCCCUGCCCUCCUCUUGAUCUGCUCUUCUCUCCCUCACCACAAAUAGUCGCCGACCUGCUGCCAAUCCGCCUCUCUCUCUCUCUCUCAACAUGACUGACUGGGAAGCGGUGGCUCGGGCAGAGCAGCUCUGCUGGCGCAGGCAGGAGGAGCAGGAGGAUUAUUAAAUAACGCAGCUCGACUCUGUGCAACUGGGAGUGGAGAGGAGCCCAACAGCCGAGAAGGGGAGGGAGGGCAGAGGAGGGGGACCAGGAAGGACACCCCCGUGCCCCGAAGACAUAAAUCCCUGAGUGCCCGGGAGGAGCCUUAACAAGCGCACGGAGCCCUCAAGGCUGCUAAGUUGGCUUUCACAGUGCAAGCCUUCGAGUCCCAAUGGGGGACUCAGGAUCAAGACGAUCUACCCUGGUCUCCCGGUUGCCAAUAUUCAGAAGAAGUAUUAGCAGAAGACAUGAUUCUCUUCCUUCUUCACCUUCUUCCAGUAAUACAGUUGGUGUCCACAGUUCCUCUCCUUCCAGCACUAACUCAAGCUCAGGUAGCACAGGUAAACGGAGGAGCAUAUUCCGUACUCCUUCCAUUAGCUUCCACCAUAAAAAGGGGAGUGAGCCUAAGCAAGAGCCUACCAACCAGAACCUUAGUAUUUCAAAUGGUGCUCAACCUGGUCACAGCAAUAUGCAGAAACUGAGUUUGGAAGAACAUAUUAAGACCAGGGGAAGACAUUCUGUUGGUUUUAGUAGUUCACGAAAUAAGAAGAUAACAAGAUCUUUGACAGAGGAUUUUGAAAGGGAAAAAGAGCACUCAACUAACAAGAAUGUCUUUAUAAAUUGUCUAAGUUCUGGCAAAAGUGAAGGGGAUGAUUCUGGUUUCACAGAAGACCAAACUCGCCGUUCCAUUAAGCAGUCAACAAGGAAGCUACUCCCUAAAUCUUUUUCAUCUCACUAUAAAUUUUCUAAGCCAGUUCUACAGAGCCAAUCCAUUUCAUUGGUACAACAGUCUGAAUUCUCACUGGAAGUUACACAGUACCAAGAGAGAGAACCUGUAUUAGUAAGAGCUUCGCCAUCCUGUUCUGUGGAUGUAACAGAACGGGCAGGAAGCUCUUUACAAUCUCCUUUGCUUUCUGCUGAUCUUACCACAGCUCAGACACCUUCAGAAUUUUUAGCCUUGACUGAAGAUUCUGUGUCUGAAACGGAUGCAUUUUCUAAAAGUGGAAGCAUGGCAUCCCACUGUGACAACUUUGGCCACAAUGAUUCUACCUCUCAGAUGUCUCUCAAUUCUGCUGCUGUUACAAAGACAACAACAGAACUCAUGGGAACUGUUCCCUGUGCAAUUAUGUCUCCUGGGAAAUAUAGGUUGGAGGGUCAAUGUAGCACUAAAUCUAAUUCCUUACCAGAAACCUCUGCUGCUAAUCAGAAGGAAGUGUUAUUACAAAUUGCUGAACUACCUGCUACAAGUGUGAGCCACUCAGAGAGUAACCUACCAGCAGAUACUGAAAGAGAAGAAAAUAUAGGGUUACAAAAUGGUGAAACAAUGCUGGGGACAAACUCCCCAAGGAAACGUGGAUUUUAUGAGCAACAUAAAGCAAUAGCUGAACAUGUAAAAGGGAUCCAUCCUAUUUCAGAUUCAAAGAUAAUACCUACUUCUGGUGAUCAUCAUAUUUUUAACAAAACGUCAUAUGGAUAUGAAGCAAAUCCUGCCAAAGUUCUUGCCAGUAGUCUCAGUCCAUUUCGUGAAGGAAGAUUUAUAGAGAGGAGACUGCGAUCCUCGUCAGAAGGCACUGCAGGGAGUAGCAGAAUGAUUUUGAAACCGAAAGAUGGAAAUAUAGAAGAAGUUAAUAGUUUAAGAAAGCAAAGAGCAGGUUCUUCAUCUUCAAAAAUGAACAGUUUGGAUGUUUUGAAUAAUUUGGGAUCUUGUGAACUGGAUGAAGAUGAUCUAAUGCUUGAUCUUGAAUUUUUAGAGGAACAGAAUCUUCACCCUUCUGAACUACCGCAGGAACAUACCAGGAAAGCCGAGAGAAUCCACAAACCUUUGAAGGAAUUGGAUCACCCCCGCAGGCUCCCUGAGAUGGCAAAAAACUUUUGCCGGGAGGACUCAUAUCACUCUGUCGUCUCAUGUGCCGCAGUAGUUCUUACUCCUAUGGAACCAAUGAUAGAAAUGAAGAAAAGAGAAGAACCAAAAUUUCCUGAGUCUUCCAAACAGAAUCUUUCCCUGAAAUUAACAAAGGACGUUGAUCAAGAAGCCAGGUGUUCCCACAUCAGCCGAAUGCCCAACAGUCCAUCUGCGGAUUGGCCCCUACAAGGUGUGGAAGAAAACGGAGGCAUAGAUUCUCUGCCCUUCAGACUGAUGUUACAGGACUGCACGGCAGUCAAGACGUUAUUAUUAAAGAUGAAGAGAGUUCUUCAAGAGAGUGCAGACAUGAGUCCAGCAAGCAGUACCACGUCACUUCCUGUUAGUCCUCUUAUCGAAGAGCCAGUGCCUUUCAAGGAUAUAAUGAAAGAUGAAUGCUCGAUGCUCAAGCUGCAGCUGAAAGAGAAGGAUGAACUCAUUUCCCAACUUCAGGAAGAGCUGGGAAAAGUCCGGCAUUUACAGAAGGCUUUUGCUUCAAGAGUAGAUAAAUCCACCCAGACUGAACUACUAGGCUAUGACGGUUUAAACUUGAAAAGACUAGAGACAGUACAAGGAGGGAGAGAGGCUACAUAUCGAAAUCGAAUUGUGAGCCAAAAUCUCAGCACAAGGGACAGAAAAGCAAUACAUACUCCCACCGAGGACCGUUUUAGGUAUUCGGCAGCGGACCAGACAAGCCCCUACAAAAACAAGACCUGUCAACUCCCAAGUCUCUGUUUAAGUAAUUUCCUGAAGGACAAGGAACUAGCAGAAGUUAUCAAACAUUCAAGAGGAACUUAUGAAACCUUCACUUCAGAGGUUACACAGAACUUACGGGCCACCGUUGGGCAGAGCUCUCUGAAGCCAAUAGCUAAGACAGAAGGGCUCUCCACGUUCUUAGAGAAACCAAAGGACCAAGUUGCUAUGGCCCGACAGCAUUCGACCUUUACAGGCAGGUUUGGACAGCCACCCAGAGGGCCAAUCUCUUUACACAUGUACAGCAGGAAGAAUGUGUUUCUCCACCAUAAUUUACACAGCACUGAGCUGCAGACUCUAGGCCAGCAGGAUGGGUAAUUAAAUCACCCUAUUCCUGUCUUUGGGUAGGAUAAAGAUGGUUAGUGUUUCUCGUGCAUAGUUCAUAUUAAAAUUGUCAUGUACUUUUUCUUACAUUUUAGUUCUAAACAAAGACUUGUGUUAUUGGGUUUUUUUUCUUAGUCAUAAACAAAGACUUGUGUUGUGGUCUUUUUUUUCCCAAGACUGAAAGUUUGAGCAUGUUAAUUGAACUAGGUUGAAUUGCCUUGAAGACUUUACUAUAUAUGUGUAUAAUAAAUGGGACCAUCAUGAUCGUUUAUAUAGUCCAUAAUUUAUUUAUUUUUUAUCUCUAUCACUUACUGAUAUGCAUUAAGGUUUCAGAAGAUAAUAUCAAAUAGCAAUCUGUUCACUGUUAAUGGUGUUACUAUAAAAGUAGACCUGAUGAACAAUAGAUAAAGGAAUUAUAAAGAAUUUUAAAUUAUAUAGUUAAUAGAAGGAGGAAAAAAGAGAAAUGUUAAAGUCUUAUAUUUGGUGGUAUAUUUAUUUGAAGAAUGUGGCUUGCAUGUAACCUAGAGAUGUGUUUGUCUCUAUUACAUACAUUCAAGCUCAUCUUGUGAUACUAGUAAGGGGGAAAUGGUUGUAUUUUUUUUCCUUUAAACAUUUAGUUCAUACUUGUUCACGAAGGAUUUCAGACAGAGUAAUUGCUAGCCAAAUAGAGAAUGACAGCUCUGAUCUUUGAAAAAUUUUGCUUUUAGUUUUUGUUAUUGAUGUUGAAGUACCGUGACAUAACACAAGAUGAUAAAGUUAGUCGAAUUUUGUUAAAUGAUGCAUAAAGACUGACAUGCUAUAUUCUUUGAGCCACUGUCAUGGCAAUAUAAGCAUUUUUUCAGAAUUUCAAGGAUGAAACGUCCUAAGAAAAUUAUUCUUUUUCCUUCCUUAUUUUAUAAAAUGUUCUUUUUUAUGUAAAUCCAAUUUUGGUUUAUAUACAUCAACCUAUAUCUAUAAUUUUAUGAACUGAGGAACAGAAAGUCAGUAUUUUAUUAGCCAGCAUACAAUAUUCUGACUAUGCAGAAAUCUAGAUUUAGAAGAAAAAGUAAAGUAAAUGUGAACAUUGGCAAUUUAAUCUUAGAAAUAAGCUUCUAACAGGAAUAUUUAAAACCCAUUUGAUGUCAAAUAUUUCUCUUUGACAAAUAAGGCCCAAAUAUGUCAUAAUAUGUUAUAUACUGAUGUGCACAUGAGAUAGAUCAAUAUAUGAAUUGAUCUAUGGAUAAUUCCAUCAUGUUCAAUUAGUAGCAGAGCAGAAUCAAAGAGUACAAUUAAAUACAUAAAUAAAUAUUUUUUAAAAGGCUAAUAGGAAUCAAGGCUGCGGUUUUCCUAUACACAUCAGAGCUGUUAAGUAUAUCCACAUUAGCCAUAGCCCAUGCAAAUUGAAACUGUCAUACCUACUGCAUGAUCUGUUUCCCUUGCAUUUUCUAACAGACAGAAUCUGUCAGCGUGCACAAGCAAGAUGAAUAAAGGGAAAUUGAGAUAGCAGUUUUAGCAUGGCAUCUGACAACUUGCUUAAAUUAAAGCUAUGUGCAAAAUGCAUCUCCUAUUAUAAAAAUGUAUUUGUGCUCUGUGCUUUGGGGAAAAGCCAUUAGACACUCCACCCCUGAGCUUUAACUACUGAACUUUGAUAUAUUUGCAAACUUAGAUUGGAACUGAUAAAGUAAGGAGUCGAGUGGAUAUGUUGUACUUGUAAUUUUGGUUUACCGAAGGAACACACAUGUGCAUCAAGGCAGACAUUUGCCAAAUGUUUUCUUUCUUUGCGUGUUUGUAAUUCUGCCAAAAGAGAACAAUAUACACUGCAAAUUGCUUGACUUAAUGAGAUUGCUAUCUAAAGUUCCCACCAUACUUUGGAAGCUAUAAUGGUCAUGCAGAUAUACACUUUGGGCUGGGCAAUAUUUAAGAAAUGAUAGGAAAAUAGAAAAAUUAUGAUUUUUAAUUGUGGAAUUCAGCUUGAUUUGUCCUAAAUGUUGGUGUCUGUUGCUAGAGUAUUUUAAAUCUGUAAAUAAAUAAGCAUGAUAAAAAUAAUCAAGGAUUUUUUCCCAGGAUAUGGAAGAACUAUGUAUCACAAAUAAUGUUUUUGAUUUGGACUUUUGGAGUUGAUAGUUUUGUUUUCCUGGAAGAUAGACUUUUGAAUUAUACUUUAUAAAAAUAAUCUAUUUAAAGAAGAUCUGUCAUUUAAUAGACAUUUUAAGAGAUGUUUUAAACACUAGUAUUUUCUUGAAAAAUCUUUUUUAAAGCUGAAUCAUUCAAAAGAAAACCUGGAUUAAACAGUUCGAUUUUAAAAGGAAGGGUAUUUUUUGGAAAUAUCAUCUUAAAGCUGUUUUGUAUCAGUAUUUUCAGCAUUGUUAUAAUAUUAUUUGUAAUACUAAGAGUAACUCAGGCCUGGAGAAGGUGUAAGCCCACUAUGCUAAUGUACAUCAGUAACUGUAAAACAGGGGUUCUUUGUACGUUCCUCUUGUGUAUAUAUAGUAACUUAUCACAAUGGCAUGUGGGCAUUCUUUCAGUGAAUUGCUUUCUUUGUACUAAAAU